AUGUCGUCAAGACCAGUCGCAAGCUCAUUAAGUUUCUAUCGUACUUCUCCACAACAACGUGUAGCUCUAGAUGAAUUCGAAUUGCUUGGUAAUAAACGUGCACAAUUGCUGAAUCAAAUCAGCUCUCAAUGGCACUUGCGGUCGACAAUUCAAGGACGAAACAAGGUUGUGAACGGUAUCGUGGCAUUGGACGAAGUGGCACUACCUUUUGACGCUGAUUUGCUGUCACAUUACGCUUUACGUCUUGCAUUUUGCAGGCAGAGAUGUUCGAUUGAUUGGAAUUGGCUGAUCACUGCUGAAGAAAAACUACUCGCUUUUCGUCUUGGCAACUUACCACCAAUUGAAGCUAUUACAUUGCUACUAAGAGAAGGAAUCGAGUAUGAGAAGCUACUGAAUGCAAGCAAUUCCGAGCGUGAUACAAUGCAACAGGAUAUUUAUCGUGUUCCGUUCACUGAUGCACCUACUUUGGUGAAGUAUCGCGAGGUGAUUAUCCAUGACGGGUUCUGUCUCGUACCUCUAUGUAAGAUGAACAUUGUGGCUGUUUAUCGCUUUCGAAAGUGUCUCGAGGAACAAAUGCACGACUUACACUGCGUUUUACCAGCGCAGUCACUAGAGUUGGAACGGUUAUCGCCGAUUCUCGAUGGUUUUGUUGCGAAAGCUCGUGUUUCGGUUGGAUCUAUGACAAAAAAAGCUGUUAGAUUGAAACUCGACGUGAAAGAGAUCGACCAAAUUGCUGAAAAGCAUUUUCCGUUGUGCAUGAAGCAACUGCAUCGAAAGUUACGCGAGAAUCAUCAUCUCAAAUACGAUGGACGUGUGCAGUACCGAAUGUUUCUCAAAGGUGCAGGAUUCUCGGUGCACGAGUGUAUUCAAUUUUUCCGUAGCGAGUUUAUCAAGAAAAUGCCAGCCGUCAAGUUUGACAAGGAGUACACGUAUCACAUUCGUCACAGUUAUGGGCUAGAAGGUUCUCGAAAAGACUAUGCGCCUUUGGACUGUGAACGCAUCAUUUCUGGUAGUGCGCCAAGUCAUGGAAAAUACCACGGAUGUCCAUUCAAGCACUGGGAUCACAUAACGUUGCAAGAUGAAUUGCGCCGCCAUGGUCUAUCAUUGCAAACAUCCAUGGCGGUUACGCAACAAGCGUCUACAGGUCAUUGUCAGAGUGCAUGCAGAGCUUUUUUCGAUGAAACACACACAUCCACUGCUCGUCAAUUUGCAUCUCAAACGAUACAAAUAUUUCAUCCAGAUACAUCUACAUUGUCGAAUGGGAUUUCAAGCACGAAUCUCAUUAUGCAUCCAAACUUGUAUUUGAGCGCAAGCAUGAGUACAGUGGAGUAG